AUGGAGACCCCGGAGACAGAGACAGAGGCGGAGUUCAAGCUCAUAUCGGUUAACAGACACGCGUGUGAGGAUAUUCUGAGCUCCGUGAAGAGGAGGGGCCGCUGUGUGGUCGUGCCCGUGCAUGGCCGCCCGGCGGACGAGGGGCAAGGACAGAAGACAGGACAGUCACAGAAAACAGCACAAUCACAUCAAACGGGACAGUCACAGCAGACGGGAUAUUCGCACCAAGCAGGGCAGUUUCGCCAAACAGCAGCGCGAUGGCCGCCGCCCCCCCAGCAAAUAAACAAAAAGGCCGUAUCCUUCGAAUGCAAAUUACUAUCGAAGAGUAGCAUAGGGGAGGAUGGCACCCCAGUAGGAGGCGCAACAUAUACAGUAAGAAUCCCAACUUUCGAAAAAAAAAAAAGUGACAAUUUAUUUUUUAGAAAAAAAAAAUCAUGCAUAUAUGAUGAGAACAAGUAUAACAAAUUUAUGGAGGCAUUCAAACAACAGGAGUUGAAAAAAAUAAAAAAAUUCCACCACGUGUAUAAUUGGAAGGUGGCACUAGUUAUACUGCUCAUAUUGGCAAUCUCCUUCACCCUGAUUGGCGCCUUCAUAUAUUACGAGUCAAGUCACGUCAUCGAGGUGAACAUAGAUUACGCAUCGGGAGAUAAAAUCAAGACGUUUUCCGUUACACACCAAAUGAAGCAACCCGUCUACGUCUACUACAAGAUAAGCAAUUUCUACAGUAACUUUAAAACCUUCCUUUCGGAUGAAUCCCAAGCGUUGGUAAAUGACUUUAAGUGCAAGUAUAUAAAGACGUUCGAAGACAUAUACCGGUUUAGAUGCGUUAAUGGUGUGCAGACCCUUCCUGAAAUGAACAACGAUUUUGCUGCUACUGGGUGGGGGGGUAAACAUGCAGGAAGGUUGAGUAGUAGCGAAUCGUGCAAUAUUAAUUCGAUCCCUUCAGAUCAGAGAAAGAGGAAGAUUUUUCCCUGUGGCCUCGUUUCGGCUUCCAUUUUUAACGACAAAAUUAGACUUUCCCUGAAAAGCAAAAUUUUCAACAUUGAUAAAUUUCCCGUUUUAAAUUAUUAUGAUUUUUUUUCCUAUAUUAAGAAGCAUAAAAAAUAUGGCUCCGAUUAUAAGGUGUGGAUUAAUACCUUCUCUGCGGAUUACAAGAAUUGGUUUCACCCCCCUAUGACUUCUUCCUUUAUUAAAGCUUAUGGAGUCAUUUAUGAAGACCUGGAACCUGGGAAGGAUUACAAAAUGGAGUUCACACAGAAUACUUGGCCUGCAGAACAUUGGAAGGCAAAGAAAUCAUUUCAGUUGGUUUCGUUACGGGCUGUGGGAAAUAGCGCUUACGAGUUGGCCUACUCCUUUUUCCUCCUUGCUAUAAUUUACCUGAUCGUUAUUAUUGCUAUGCUCCUUUUGGUCAAAUCGGGGUACUACAAAUUGGGGAAAACAUUCUCCUAUUGUAAAAUGUCUACUGUUAAUAAUGCCACUGAGCAGACCUUUUUUCGGAAAAAAUCCACCAUGAGGAAGGUGGAAGCAGCAGCGGGGGCUACUACGGAAGAAUCGACACGCUCAUCGAAGGGGGGUCCCUCCCCGGGGGAACCCGAUGGACAACGCAGCAAGGAGAGUUCCAACGAGCGCGUCUCCAGGGUCGUUGGCGCCACUCCACGGAUGUGUCUUUGCCCCCUGCACUAG